AUGAUCCAAGCUCCCAUAGACAUGAAGACCAGCACUGAGCUGAGAGAGUAUGAAACCAAAAUUGAGGAGCUCAGAACGUCAGAGAAACUGCUGGCAGAAUUGAACGAAAGCCUGGAAACCAAGCUUAAACGCACCGAAUCCCUUCGUCUGCACAGGUAA